AUAUGUAGGAUCAAUAUGCACCCAACCAUGCUUGUUUAAAUACCUAAAGUUCGGAGGACCGGUUGUUACCUUUGAAGAGACACACUAAAAACAAAUAUGGCGUUCACGGAAUUAUUUCACCUUCUUCCCUGUUUGGUCCUUUUUGCGUUUUUUCAGGGUGUAGACUGUGCCUACCGUUAUUACCGUUAUUACUAUAGCUACUACUACUCCUAUUAUUCCAUUUCCGCAGGAGUAAUCAGCGCCAUUGUAUUGGCCAUUGGCGCCGCCGUGACCAUUACCGUUAUAACUAUCAUCUGCUGCUGUCGCGCGGCGCAGAGGAGGAACCAGUUGGGCGGAGUGGUCUACACGAACGGGGGCCAGCAAGCUAUCAUCACUACAGCAAACACAGUACCCGGUAUGUACCCGGCACAGCCUUACCCGGGACAGUACAAUGCGGGCGUGCCAUACGGACCCACGGGACUCUACCCAGCCCCCGGGCAGCAGUUUACCUACCCUCCCCCGGGACAACCAUACGCCAACGCCCCGCCGCCAGGACAACAGUAUAACAACCCACUGCCGUCCUAUGACGAGACCACCGGUCACAAGACCCCGAUACAGUGAUAGGUCACGUGAAACUCCGAAAAAUUGAAAUCGCUGUUAAUAUUCAUUGUUACUUUUUUUUUAUUAACAUUUCUUUUGUAUUGUAUGUUUAUCACAUAAGCAUGCAAACAAGCAUUAUACGGUGACAACACAUUUAUUAUGAUAAUGUCUAUACCAAUCGUUUCAAGAUAAUAGAUGGAAAUUACUUAAAGACUGAUUGGAAUUUGAUAUAUGUGUGUAUGUAACACAGAGAGAGGACAGAGAGAGAGAGAGAGAGAGAGAGAGAGAGAGAGAGAGAGAGAGAGAGAGAGAGACUGUACAUAUGUCUACACUACUUAAUCCAUGAAUCAGUCUUUUUAUUAAUACAGUAACUAUUACCCAUUUUAUGAUAAAUAUUAGGAUUAUCAAGGUCACUGCAAUUUGACUAAACAGGCAAUACGUGAAUGUUGAUCGACAUUUUUAAUUCAGUUGAAAUAUUUAAUCUUACAACGCAUGAGUUUUUGUUUUUUUUUCUUUUUUGAUUUUUCCUUCACAGAUGUAAUUUUAGAAAUUUCUCCGAGUGAUUUCUCAAGGUCAUUAAUCGUUGUUUAUUACUCUCACAAUAAAUAAUAAAUAUUAAUACAUGAA